CGCGGCAUCCUCUGGCAAUGACCAAGCCCUCCAUUUUCCAACAGUAAGGUGGAGAUUGCCUGCCUGCCUACCUGUAAACUCACCUCGUCAGACGAGUUUAGCAAGUUUGGCUAAGGCAAAGGUGGCCAUUUCUCAGGUAAAGGGUGUUGACCAAACCCAGCGGCUGACUGAGAUAGAAGCGAAGAAACAUGGAGCUAUAGCUCGAUAAAUGAAUAGAUAAGUCAUCAUUGAUUAGCAGCACGAUCUGUUGAAGAAAAGAGAAAACGGGACUUGCCUGACACACCAGGAUGAGUCGGAGGCGAGCAGACUCCCAGGGUUCCCUGGGGCCAGACGAUGAAGUGGUGCCCUACAGUGACGAUGAGACGGACGAUGAGUUGGACCCAAGCAUGGACGAGGAUGGCGGUCCAGCGGCCCCUGGGCCUGACAUCCAGAGCAGUGAAUCGAGCUGGAGUGUCAAAGCAAAUGACAGAGAUUACUGUAAACGGCCUGAGUUUCAGCGGAAGUCCUUUCUCUGUAUGAAGAAGAGCAAGUACUCAGGAAAUGCCAUCCGUACGUACAAGUACAAUGUGCUCACAUUCAUUCCCAUGAAUCUGUAUGAGCAGUUUAAGCGAGUAGCAAACCUCUACUUCCUGGCGCUGCUAAUUUUACAGAUCAUUCCUGAAAUUUCCACACUGCCUUGGUACACGACCCUGGUGCCUUUAGUCUUAGUGCUGGGCAUCACUGCCAUCAAAGACCUUGUGGACGACUUGGCCCGGCACAGGAUGGAUAAAGAGAUCAACAACAGGAAGUGUGAGGUGCUGCAGGAUGGCAGGUUCCAGGAAUCCAAGUGGAGAUUUAUUCAAGUUGGUGAUGUGGUUCGAUUGAAGAAGAAUGAUUUCAUUCCUGCCGAUCUUCUGUUGCUGUCCAGUUCAAAUCCUAACAGUCUUUGUUAUGUGGAGACAGCUGAGCUUGAUGGGGAGACAAACCUGAAGUUCAAGAUGGGGCUGAAAGUGACAGAUGAACAUCUACAGGAGGAAAAUCAGAUGGCUGGUUUUAAUGCUACAGUUGUUUGUGAGGAGCCAAACAACCGGCUGGACAAGUUCACAGGGACAAUGCACUGGAAAAAUGACCGCUUUCCCCUCGAUUUGGACAACUUGCUGCUCAGGGGCUGCAGAGUGCGCAACACCGAACUGAGCCACGCCCUGGUCAUUUACGCAGGAUUUGACACCAAAAUCAUGAGAAAUGGAGGCAAGACGCGGUUCAAGAGGACAAAAAUUGAUCAGCUGAUGAAUUACAUGGUUUACACUAUCUUUGUCGUGUUGAUUUUGGUGUGUGCUGGCCUGGCUAUCGGUCAUACAUAUUGGUAUGAGGACAUUGGCAGCAAGGCCUGGUACCUCUUUGAUGGCAAAGCCCAGACUGCCUCCUACAGGGGCUUCCUCAGUUUCUGGGGCUACAUCAUUGUCCUCAACACCAUGGUGCCCAUCUCUCUCUAUGUCAGCGUGGAGGUCAUUCGUCUGGGUCAGAGUAAGUUUAUCAACUGGGACCUACAAAUGUACUACCAAGAGAAGGACACCCCAGCCAAGGCCCGCACCACCACCCUCAAUGAGCAACUGGGCCAGAUUGAGUAUAUCUUCUCCGACAAGACUGGCACUCUCACCCAGAACAUCAUGGCCUUCAAGAAGUGCACCAUUUCUGGGCGUAGCUAUGGGGAUCCCACAAGUGCGGAGGGAGUGACUUUAGACCGUGGACGGCCAGUGGACUUCAGCAAGUUCCCUUACGCUGACAGGACGUUCCAGUUCUUUGACCAUUACCUCGUUACCUGUAUCCAGUCAAAAAAGGACAAGGAUAUUCUGGAGUUCUUCAAGCUGUUGUCCCUCUGUCACACUGUCAUGGUGGAGGAAAAGGAAGGUGAGCUGGUCUAUCAGGCUGCUUCUCCUGAUGAAGGUGCCCUUGUGACUGCUGCCCGGAACUUUGGUUUUGUCUUCCUGUCCCGGACCCAGGACACCAUCACCAUCAACGAGAUGGGCACAGAGGCCACCUACGAGAUGCUGGCUUUGCUGGACUUCAACAGCGAUCGCAAGCGCAUGUCCAUUCUUUUGAAGUUUCCCGAUGGGCGGAUUCGCCUGUACUGCAAAGGGGCAGACACAGUCAUCUACGAGCGCCUAAGCCCACAAUCACGGCACAAGGAGACCACUCAGGAGGCCCUGGAUAUCUUUGCCAAUGAGACACUGCGGACCUUGUGCUUGUGCUACAAGGACAUCAGUCAGGCAGACUUUCAGGCCUGGUCUCGGAAACACAAGGAGGCCAGUGUAGCAACGUCAAACCGAGAGGAGGCCUUGGACCGGGUGUACGAACUGCUGGAGAAGGACAUGAUGCUCAUUGGUGCAACCGCAAUAGAAGAUAAGCUCCAGGAUGGGGUUCCACAGACAAUUGCUAAACUUGCCAAGGCUGACAUCAAAAUCUGGGUCCUGACUGGAGAUAAGAAAGAAACGGCUGAGAACAUUGGCUACUCAUGUGAGCUGCUUACGGAUGACAUGCAGAUCCAUUAUGGUGAAGAUGUGAAUGAAAAGCUGACAAUUCGACAGGCAAACAGGAGAAAUAACCCCAUUGCCAAGGCCAAAAAGACCAAAGAACCUUUCUUUUCUGGCAACGAGAAAAAUGCGCUCAUCAUCACUGGUGGAUGGCUGAACGAGAUUCUGUAUGAGAAGAAGAAGAAGCGCCGUCGCCUGCGCCUCAGGAGGCUGGGGAAGAGGCCAUCUCCCAGCAACCCCCAGGACAACCAGCCGCAGGACGACAUCGAGAAGGAGAUGCGCCAGGAGGACUUUGUGGACAUGGCGUGCGAGUGCAGCGCCGUCAUCUGCUGCCGCGUCACGCCCAAGCAGAAGGCCAACGUAGUGAGCCUGGUGAAGAGGUACAAAAAGGCGGUCACUCUGUCCAUCGGCGACGGAGCUAAUGACGUCAACAUGAUCAAGACGGCAGACAUCGGUGUUGGCAUCAGUGGGCAGGAGGGCAUGCAGGCUGUCAUGUCCAGUGACUAUGCCUUCGCCCAGUUCCGUUACCUGGAGCGCCUCCUGCUGGUGCAUGGCCGCUGGUCCUACAUCCGCAUGUGCAAGUUCCUGCGCUACUUCUUCUACAAGAACUUUGCCUUCACCCUGGUCCAUUUCUGGUACUCCUUUUUUAGUGGAUACUCGUCACAGGUUGCCUAUGAGGACUGGUUCAUUACUCUUUACAAUGUGGCCUACAGCAGUUUGCCUGUUCUCCUAGUGGGUCUGCUUGAUCAGGACGUCAGUGACAAACUCAGUUUGAAGUUCCCAAAGCUUUAUACACCGGGCCAGCAAGGCAUCCUCUUCAACUACAAGACCUUCUUCAUCAGUCUGUUCCAUGGCAUCUUCACCUCCCUCAUCAUCUUCUUCAUUCCGUACGGAGCUUUCCUGCAGACCAUGGGUCAGGAUGGGGAGGCGCCCUCGGACUACCAAUCAUUUGCUGUUGUCACCGCCUCCUCACUCAUAUUCACCGUUAACCUACAGAUAUCCCUUGACACUUCCUACUGGACGUUUGUGAACUGCUUUGCUGUUUUGGGCAGUAUAGCAAUCUACUUCGGCAUCAUGUUUGACAUUCACAGUGCAGGAAUACAUGUCCUCUUCCCUUCAGCAUUUACAUUCACUGGUGUGGCCUCUAACGCUCUGAGGCAGCCCUACCUGUGGCUGACGAUCAUUCUGACGGUGGGCAUCAGCCUGCUCCCAGUCAUCUGCAUCCAGUUCCUCUGCAAAACCAUAUGGCCCGGUGUUGGAGAUAAGGUCCAGAGAAACAGGAGGAAGUACGAGGCUGAGGAAGAGGAGGAGGAGCGGAAGAAGAAGCCCACUGCGUUCCAGCGCGGCCGGCGUUCCCGGCGCUCCGCAUACGCCUUCUCCCACUCGCGGGGCUACGCGGACCUCAUCGCCUCCGGCCGCAGCUUCCGCCAGAGGCCCGGGGCCCGGCGCAGCCCUCAGGACAGCAUCCGCGAGGUCCCUCAGGCCGAGAACAUCUGAGGGCCGGCCUGGCGCCACUGCACUAAAAGACUCACUCUCUGAAGCUCACCGAGGACCGCCACUGGUUUUAAUGUUGUACAUUAGUAUGACAAAAUGUAUAUCUCAGGAUUUUAAGUUCUUAUUUUAAAUAUCUUAUUGUCAGGACCACUAUGGUAAACCUGACUGAUGCUCUAUCUUGUCUUAUCUUUUUCCUUCUUUCGGUAUCAGUGUUGAGGGUUGGCAUUUGGCAAGUGUAAUUCAAGCUUUUGUGUUCCCCUCCUGUUCAUAUAUAUAUAUAUAUAUAUAUAUAUAUAUAUAUAUAUAUAUAUAUAUAUAUAUAUAUAUAUAUAUGGCCUAUACAGUGUGUGUUGAAUUAAAUGUUAAGGUAAAUGUUUUUAAAAAUGAGCCUCCCAUACAUUAGCGCAAGAAUUUCAGCAUUUGUGUUUAUAUGCUGGAUCUUAAUGAAACUUUUUUAUUGGUUUCCUUCACAGUCUUAUUUGAAAGGGUGAAAACUAAUGAUCUGUCAACAGGAGGGGAUUCCCCUGAACUGUAGUCGUCUCCUCUUCAGUGUGGAAAACGGAUGUUUACAGUCUUUCCAAGUGAAUUCCACAAGUCUAACUGUGUGUUUCUGUUUCCUCUCUUGAGCCAAAAUUCAUGAUUUUUGGAUCAUGAUAUGCAUUUUGCACCUACUGAUCAUCAUGUGUAUAUAUUGACCUCAUUCAAAUCUGAUAUAGAAAUAUAGGAUCAUUCCAUGCCAUACCUUUUUAGCAUGGAUAACGUCCACUCUGAAAUUACAGAUACUGACACAGUGAUGGGUUACACAUCAGUGAGAUGCCUCAAAUUAUAUCGUUACUGUUACAUUUUUGAAUGUGUGUAUCGAUUGUGUCUGUACAUCUUUUGUACCAUAACUGUCAGUUUGCAAAAAUUAAAACUAUAUUUUAAUAUGAUAUCAAAGAGGCCUUAAAUCGGAAUGCCUUAUAUUCUGACAAGCUGCAUUUUACAAAUGUGCUUGAUGCAUUUUUAUGUGAAAUAAUUUGUAAAAUACCAUGAAUAAAGAUAUAUCUAAUGA